AUGUCACCUGAUCCGCCAGGCUCGCCAGAUCGCUCCGUCAUCCAACGAAUCGCUUGCACCACUCUUCAAAGCAGAUCGGUCGUGGUGGACUCGCUCAACGGGUACUUGUUUCGAACCUACAGCUUGCGAACAGCGAAAGGCUUCUUCUACCUCCUACGGUUAAAACCGCCAUCAACGGUCCAUCUACUGCGGCACGAAUACGGCUGGCUGGAAGCAGAGGCCGGGGCCCUGCAAGCCUUGUCUGGCAAGACGGAAGUCCAUCUCCCUCGAUUGAUCCAUUACCAACACGCCGACUCGCAUCUGGGACAAGCGUACCUCAUCAGCGGCCCGUUUAGCGGAUCUUUCCUCUCCGCCGUCGAGCCGUCGUUAUCUUCCAAGGCCCUUGCGAGCAUCGACCGCAGCUUAGGACAGUACGUGCGCUGGCUUUCGUCUGUGACCGGCACUUUCUUCGGCUCCGUGUCGGGUGGCGCAGACAUUCCGAGAAGUGGUUCUUGGGCGCAUACGUUUGCGUGCUUGCUGGAGUCCGUGAUGCGCGAUGGCGAGGAUGCGAUGAUCAGUUUACCGUACGAUGUGAUUCGGGGAUUGGUCCACAAACACCACGCGGCACUGAAUCAAAUCACGACACCCCGUCUCCUGCUUCUGGAACUCGCAUCGGACAACAACGUCGUGGUAGACACCUCCUCCAACCGCGUUACCGGCCUCUUCGACUUCUCCACUUGCCUCUGGGGCGAUCCGUACAUGUCGGAUUGCUUCUGCAAACCCACGGCCAGCUUCGUCGAGGGCUUCGGGCGGCUCCCCAACAAAACGGCCGACGAGCGUGUGCGGCAGUAUCUCUACAUUUUGUAUCAUGCGGUCUUGUCGAUUGUGCGGAAAUGGUAUCGGCCGCGGGACGAGGGAGACGAGAUGGAUGCGCGGCGGACCUUGACGGUGGCGAUUCGGCAGCUGAGUUCUUGA